AUGUUUCGAAUAUGCAUAAAAGAAGAUGAAGAUGAAUUAGCACAAGAAUUUCUUGAAUCAAGUGCUAAAUUAGUUUGGGAUAAAAUUGUUGAUGCAAUUGAUUCUCUAAGAUGGCAACAUGAACUACAUAGUGUACGUUUAAUUGAAUCAUUACCAGAAGUUGAAAUAUUACACAAUUAUGCUUUUAAAUAUAAACGAUUACAAUUGCUUGAUAUGCUUUUAAGACUUAAUACAACUGCUUGUGCAAGAAGUGAACCAAAAUUGCAAACUCAUUUUUGA